CGCACUUCCGGUCCGUUCCGCCUUCUCUUUCGCAACGUGCAAAUGUUAUGUCCCUGUCGGCUCGCGAAGCUCCGGCCGUCGCCGCGCCCGCUCCUCUCCGCCGCGGCUCGUCGUCGUCUCCGCCGCAUCGAUCUCCGACCCUCCAUCUCGUCCUCCUCUCCACCUCGGCAGGUCUCGCCGUGGCCGCCCGUGGACAAGGGGUGCGGCGGUUUCUUGCCGUGGUUGGAGCGGAAAGCGGGCGUCGAGAUCUCGUCGUUCCUUUCGGUCGGGAAAUCCGUCUACGGAAGGUCCCUGUUUGCUUCAAAGGCGAUAAGAGCAGGGGACAGCAUUUUGAAGGUCCCUUUUGACGCGGAAAUAUCACCAGAUGAUCUCCUUCCUGAAAUUAGGUCCUUUAAAGUAGGAACUGUAGCAAAACUUGCUGCCGUCGUCCUGAAAGAACAGAAAAUGGGUCCGGAUUCUGAUUGGGCUCCUUAUAUAAGAUGUCUUCCACGGCCCGAGGAGAUGCAUAGCACGGUAUUCUGGAGCGAUGAGCAGUUGGAGAUGAUUAAAGAAAGCUUGGUCUAUCAAAAAACCAUUGACAAGAAAGUUGGAAUGGAGAGGGAAUUUUCAGUUCUCAGGCAUGCUCUUGAUCAACACUUCCCAGAAGUUUCCAAGGAUAUGAAAUUUGAAGAUUUCAUGCAUGCAUGUGCUUUAGUGGAAUCUCGCGCAUGGGAAAGCAGCAAGGGCUGUUCUCUGAUUCCUUUUGCAGAUUUUCUAAACCAUGAUGGGCUUGCAAAAGCAGUUUUGUUGAGGGAUGAACAAAAGCAAUUCUCAGAGGUGAUUGCUGAUCGCAAUUAUGCUCCUGGUGAACAGGUACUAAUAUCGUAUGGGAAGUUUUCAAAUGCUAUCUUAGUGUUGGAUUUCGGGUUUACCCUUCCACACAACAUUCAUGAUGAGAUGUUCAUGACAGGAGAUUCUGACAAACAAACGACUAGAAAGAAAGCAAUGGGAGCAUAUAUGAAUUUUCAAAUCCAAUUCAAUGUUCCUCUUCAAGAUCCUCUAUACAAAAUGAAGCUGUAUCUUCUGCAAAGACAUUGCUCACAGAUAACUCACAGAUUUGGCAUUUCCAAGUGUUCCGCAGAUUCUUUCACAAUCAAGGAAGUGAGAUCUGCUAAAGGAAUAGGCACUGGGAUUCCACAAGCACUCCGUGCUGCUGCCCGUGUGCUAUCUUGCACCUCUCUUGAAGAGCUGAAUGAUAUGGAGGAGGAAGCCACCCAAAAUGAUGGCCGGCUAGGCCGACGUCCUUUGAAGAACAUCAACAGGGAGAUACAAGCGCAUCAGUUGUUGCUAUCACAUAUCACUAAAUUGAUUGACCAAUACAAUGCAUCUGCGAAGGAUUCCAAAAGUGUUGCUAGGUUGGAAUAUGAUAUGAGCAAGCGAUACAGCUUCUUUAUCCAGGUUAUAGUUAGUGAAGCCUAUCGGUUGUCCUGCAAGCAAAAGAGAUGGCAUCCGCAGGUCAAUGGCAUGUGAUCUACUGGCUGGUGAACUUCGUAUUCUGAAAUCUGCUGCUUCAUGGCUAGGGAACUACACAACCAAUCUGUGACAGCAUAAAACUGGCCGGAGGCAUUGUUAGUCGGUGAAACAAUUGAGAAAGCUGACAAUUUCCAUGUCAGAAAUCAAAGGGAGCACCAGUGAAGGGAGAAACCCAUCACUCUGUAUUUUUUAUGGGGGCCAAAUAUCUGAACGCAGUCGGCAGCCAGUCAGAGCCUUCUUGUUUGGGUGCGUGCAAAUCAGGUGUGUGGAUUAUCUGUUUCUCAUGUUCUCUUCUUCAGAGUUAGAAGAGGUCAUCCGUUAUCCACGCACAUUAAGCUCCCUUAAUGCAGAUAAGCAUCUGAUUUCUGAAUCAAUGCCUUGAAGUUUGGUACCCUUGUUAAUGUAUUUGAAGCCUUACCUUCUUCCUCCGGCUUGGGAUCUCUCUAUGCAUAUUGUCGUUUGCUUGGUCGUUCUGAUUAAUGUUAUCCGAUUGGGUUGUUUUGCUGAAGCUUUGAUUUGUCCACGCCCAGUCACCUUUGGCUUGGAUUUAUCUUGGCUCGUAUUGCAAUUCACUGAAAGCAACUCAAUUUGAGUUUUUAGUUGAAGGGAGGCAUAUUAUCUGCCAAGGCCAAAAUUCAAUGGACACGCAAGAUGAUUUGAUCUUUUCACCUGAUUGCAUAGUGGCCAAAAUUCGAUUUUUCAAAUAUUUUCAAAUGAAUUAAAAAUGCUCGAUAAUCAUGAAUUAAGGGUUAAUCAAAGAAUUGUGGUAGCAAAGGGUGUUGUGGGAUGCUAAUAUGCUCCUUAUGUUGCCGAACACGCGAACUCAACCUUUUGAUUACGCAAUAGACCAGUCACCUUACACGUCACCUAGGUAGUUUAUUUCCCUAUAAUUACUUAGGCAUACUUGGUCAAAUGACCCAAGUAAAAACGAAUGGAACAAAAUCAAUCCGUGGCGACUCUUUUCUACAUUUUUCAUAAUUCGAAGUAUCAUCUACUUUUGUAGUCAACUUGAACCUAGGGACUUAAAAAAAAAGAGACCUUGCUCCCGAGAGCUUCCGUCUCCCCUCUUCGGGGGUAUUCCUCUCCCUCAACGGGAGUCUUCCUCUCCACUUGGUUGGAGUUUUCUCUUUCUUCGUCAUAUCAACUUCACUUAUUUCCUUCUUCAUCCACUUCUCACCCAAGGUCGCCGACUUCCCCCCGAUCGAGACGAGGAUGAUCUGCUCCGUUCGUGCUAUAAUAUUCUCUGCUGGUUGUGUGCCAGUGAAGAAGUAGCUCCUUCAGCAGCGAUUUGGUGGUGCUUGGUGAUGCUGGUGCUCGAGUGGCUCCUCGUUUGUAAUUCAAUUGCUGAGGUAUCAGUGAGCGCACACCAAGUGUUCGUUUUAAUGCCUGCUAGAAAGUUGUUAGAGAAGUGAAGUGUUUUCUUUGGCGGUGGUUGGUGAUUGAGGAGUAAAUCUUUUUCUGUGGUUAGUGGUUAAGGGAGGCGGGCCACUGCCCCUUCGUAACCAUGAAUAUUAUAGCCUGGAAUUGCCGAGGCAUUGUAGGAAUACCCAGAGAGAGAGAGUUGAAGGCUA